AUGCACGGUCGUAAGAGGAAUGCGGCUUUGAAGCCAGAAGAGGAGGCAGCCUCCGCUUCUGAAGCCCUAGAGCUCCGGUCGCUCCAGUCCCAGUUCAUGUCCAAUCACCAUCAAAAGAUUUACACAAAGGAAGCAAUUCAAUUAAGCGCGAAGCUUCUAGAAAUCAAUCCGGAGGCCUACACUGCUUGGAACUAUAGGAAACUUGCCGUAGAGUAUAACCUUGACUCUGCAGAUCCAAGCUUGGUCAACUCAAUUCUCCAUAAAGAACUUGAAGUCGUAGAGAAUGCUUUAAAGAGAAAUCUCAAGUCGUAUGGGGCAUGGUAUCAUCGUAAGUGGGUUUUGAGUAAAGGGCACUGUUCCUCCUUAGAUAAAGAAUUGCAACUUUUGAAUAAAUAUCAAAAGCUUGACGACGAUAUAAAAAAGAAUCUAGUUCUCAGGAACUUUCACCUUUGGAAUUAUCGCAGGUUUGUUGUGGAGCUAACCAAGACGUCAGAACAGGAUGAGUUGCAGCAUACAACUGAUAUGAUCAAUGAUAACUUUAGCAACUAUUCUGCUUGGCACAAUCGUAGUGUACUUCUUUCAAGUUUAAUCGCCAAAAAGGCUGAUGGGUUUACGCCAAAGGAAACGAUUCGUCGUGAAUUUGACUAUGUACACAAUGCUAUAUUUACUGAAGAAGAUGACCAAAGUGGUUGGUUUUAUUAUCUUUGGCUUAUUGAUCAAACUGUUAAAAUGGAGACUUCUCUUCGUGCUUCCUCGUGGCCUUCAGAUGGUUCCACUAUCAUUCUAUCUGGACCUGGCUGCUUUAAUGGCUCUUAUUCUUCUUCUAAGUUCACUACUUACUGUUCCGAGUCUGGUUCUUUUCCAUUGAUUCUUUACUUUGACCAAGCUGUCAGUGGAGUUAGCUCCUCUACUGUUACUAUUGAUUCUGAACUAAAAAGCAAUGAGGAUCUUGUUUGGGAACCAGUUCCGGAGAAGAACUCUCAAGUGUCUUGUGUAUGGGUUGCUCGUCUGAAAUUUGACAGUACAGAACCUGUCAAAGUGAAGGUCAGCCUUGGCAAGUCUCGAGAAAUUGUUUCCUCCACGGGAUGUAACUUGAGCACUCCUUAUGAGUUUGUAUUUACAGUGCAUAUUUAUGACACUGUUGGAGAGUCACAGGAAGGCACUGUUUCAUGGACGGAUGGUUUUGACUAUUUGGAUGCACAGUCGUCGAAGGAUUUGAAUUCUCUUAUGGCCUUGAAUCAGUUAAAGGCUGAUACGGGUUUUGAGUGGCGUAAGCAAGCUAUAAAGAUAGAGAUUGAACAAUUUCGUAAGUUGCCUGACAGCAAAUUUGGAAAGCUCAUUCUUGCGAAGCUUUUGAUGGCUGAGGAAACUACGAUCUCGGAUGAUGAUGCUGUUAAAGGUGUCCAUUAUAAAGAAAUCCUCCAGCUGUAUAACGAUCUGAUGGCCCUUGAUUCUUGGCAUGACCAGUACUACAAGGAUGAGUACAGUGUAGCUCUUCUCCACAAGGUGACUUCAAGCACCGAGUUCCUGUCCAGACACCUGUUUCGGUACAGGAACAUGAACAAUAUUGUAUGUCUAAGGCUUAAUAACUUAACACUAUCUCGGAUAGCCUCUGUCGAGAAGUUGCUAUUUGUGCAAAUGUUAGAUCUCAGUCACAAUAAGCUUCAUUCAGCUGAAGGAUUGGAGGCGUUGCAGCUUCUCUGUUGCCUAAAUCUGAGUAACAACAGGAUCAAGAGCUUUUCAGCGCUCCACUCUCUAAGACAUCUGAAGCAGCUAAGAGUGUUGGAUGUUUCACAUAACCACAUCGGCGGCAAGAACCUAGUGGACACAACAAGGUACCUAUGUUCUUUGUCGUUCCCUAAUUCGGGUGAAAUUGGAAGAGAGGUACCUAGUAAAUACAGGGAUGCGUAUUUGGUGCUUAGAGAUUUAAUGAAACUGAAGCAGUUAGAUAUAAGAGGCAACGACCUAAUUUCAGGGGAAGAGUUCAGCUCCUUCGUCAGCCAGGUUGUGCCAACGCUUGUGUGGCUUGAUGGCCACAAACUCGCAAGUUAA